AAACAAACCGUGACUGGCGUAUUAGGGUAGAGUGUAUAUAAGUAAAACUUUGUUCAGAAACAGUCAUCAUUCCACAAGUAACGAACACUAGCAGAACACUAAAAAGCAUAAUGAAGUUGCUACUGUUAGCCGUUGCCAUAUUUGGCAUUAUCAACGCCAGAACUCUUAAACAGAGAGGACUUUCAAAGGAUGACGAAUGGUUUGAGCCACUUAAAGCAUUAGCCACCGAAGUCAUUGUCGACACUUUCGAUAUCGAAGGAGUCAAAGAUAAAGUUGAAUCAACCGUCGACACCUGUAUGCAAGAAGAUGAUGUAACAGAUUGUCUGGAAGGAGAGGUUGAUGCUGUGUCCGAUGCUCUUGGAGGAGAUGUAUCAAAAGAGGACAGAGAUGACGCCAGAGUUAAGGUCGCUGCUCUCGCCGACUUCUUAAAGGCUGUUUAUGAAACAUGCAAAGAUGUUGAGGAUGAGGAAAUUGGAAAAUGUGCUUUUGAAGAAGGAAAGCGAUUCUGUGCUGCAUCUGAUUUCGAUAAGAAGAAAUGUAUGGGCGGUGUAAUGUUUGUACUAAAAAAAGCUGGGGAAAUUGCUAACCGAAAAGAAGACAAAAGAGGCGUGUCAAAGGAUGAUGAUUGGUUCGGGCCCCUGAGUGCUCUCGGAACCGAGGUAAUUGUCGACACCUUCGAUUUGGGAGGAGUGAAAGACAAAGUUAAACAAACCGUGGAAGAUUGUAUGCAGAAAGAUGACGUAACAGCCUGUUUAGAAGGAGAGGUUGAUGCUGUUUCUGAUGCUCUUGGAAAAGAUGUCCCACAAGAAGCUAGAGAUGCCGCCAAGGUCAAGGUCGCUGCUCUCUCAGACUUUCUAGGAGCUGUUUAUACGACAUGCAAAGAUGUCCCAGAAGAAGAUCUCGGUAAAUGCGCCUUUGAAGAAGGAGAGCGAUUUUGUGACGCUUCUGACUUUGAUAAAAAGGAAUGCAUGGGAGGCGUUAUGUUUGUUCUUGGAAAGGCAAAGAAAAUGGCUGAGGAACACAAAAAUAGCGACAAGAGAGGACUUUCAAAGGACGACGAAUGGUUUGAACCACUCAAAGCAUUGGCCACUGAAGUCAUUGUCGAAACAUUCGAUAUUGAAGGAGUUAAAGAUAAAGUAGAAGCAACCGUCGACGAAUGCAUGCAAAAAGAUGACGUAACAGAUUGUUUAGAAGGAGAGGUUGAUGCUGUUUCUGAUGCUCUUGGAAAAGAUGUCCCAAAAGAAGCUAGAGAUGAUGCCAGAAUUAAGGUCGCUGCUCUCGCCGACUUCUUAAAGGCUGUUUAUGAAACAUGCAAUGAUGUUGAAGGGGAUGAGGAAAUUGGAAAAUGUGCUUUUGAAGAAGGAAAGCGAUUCUGUGCUGCUUCUGAUUUCGAUAAAAAAGAUUGUAUGCACGGUGUUAUGUUUGUUCUUAAAAAGGCUGGGGAAAUUGCUGCCAGAAAAGACUAAAGACAAAAAGGAAAGGAUAAGAAAGGAGCAGAAAAGGGAGACUAUGAAAAAAACGUUGUAAAUUGAAUUAACAUUCUCAAUUUAUCAAUAUGUUUUUACAAUGUGAAGUUAUGAUACUCGUUAUUUUAAAUAUAGUAUUUUUAUUGUA